ACAAAAUGUGUUGUAAAGGAGUUUUAGUUUUCUGCCUUUUUGCAGUUAUUUUACAAAACACCAACUCCUUCCCCAUUGGUCUUCAAACACCAUUAAACUGCAAUGGAGUCCAACAACUCCAAGAAACUGGUUCCCCCAUCAUCACGGAAAUAGUUCCCUCCCUGCAGUUCGGUGACGUGACUGUGACCGGAGAUCUCCCAAUAGGGGGGAGUAUUAAAGUCAAGGGUGUGUUCCCAGUGUACGGGACUGUGGCUCUGGAUGGAGGACUGCCGACCAGUGGGACGGCGGUUGUUAACACUGGAUGUGGCAAUGUGGCUUGAGAUUCAUCGUCAUCUGCAUCUUCCGAGCCUUUUCCCAACUAUGCUGGGGUUGGCUUGA